UUUGAUUCGUAUCUCUCCCCUUACGUCACAGGUACUACUAGAACGUCGUGCAACUAGAAAGCACUUUGUUAUUUCCCUUUUUAAGUGACCACGGAGAUAAUUGUGCGGAGGUAUUACUUGGUAAACUACUUAUAUAAGUAUCAUAAGCAUGAAGGUGAUAUUUCUGGGAACAGCAUCAGCCUAUCCAACACCUGACAGAGGAGUUUCUUGUAUAGGACUAAAAAAUGAGGACUGGGUAUGGUUGUUUGAUUGUGGUGAGGGGUCACAAACGCAGGUCAUGAAGAGUGAGAUAAAACCAGGAAAGAUCAGCAAAAUAUUUAUUACCCAUCUCCAUGGAGAUCAUUGUUACGGUUUACCAGGGUUAAUGUGCACCAUCAGUCAGAAUAACCAAAGGAGUGAACCAGUAGAAAUAUAUGGUCCUGAAGGUCUCAGAAAGUUUUUACGAACGUCCUUAUCAUUGUCACAAUCACAACUAGGAUUUGAUUAUAUAGUUCAUGAACUGAAAAUGAUACCAGAACAGUAUGUGUUUGAAACCAGUGGAGCAAUAUUGACAUGGGAUGUGAACCUGUCAUGUGAUGAUGUAUUACAUCCAAAUGAAAGACCAGGUUCACUGAUAGAAUGUGACAGACACAAAGUUUGGGAUCUAUAUGAUGAUAGUAAAAUUGGAGUUAAGGCAGUUUGGUUGAAACAUAGAAUUCCAUCGUUUGCAUUUGUGAUACAAGAGAAACCAAUAGCUGGGAAGUUAGAUGCAGCUAAACUAAAGGCUAAAGGUGUACCUCCAGGUCCAUUAUAUUCUAAAAUAAAGGCAGGGGAGAAAAUCACAGCACCAUCUGGAGAAAAGAUUUCUCCAAGAGAUGUUGUUGGACCUCCUAGACCAGGAAGAAAAGUAAUUAUAUGUGGGGAUACUUGUUGGUCAGAGGAGCUUCUUAAAGUUGGUCAAAAUGCAGAUAUCUUAGUACACGAGGCAACAUUACAAAAUAGUUGUAAAGACACUGCCAUACAAAAUGGCCAUUCAACACCAGAUAUGGCAGCAGAUAUUGCCCAAAGAUUGGAUGUACAGAAGCUGGUAUUGACACAUUAUAGUCAGAGGUAUAAACCUAUCAAUUGCACAGACACUGAGAACCAAGAAACAGUACAGAUAUUAUAUGAUGAAGCAGCUUCUGUGAUAGGAAAAGAUAAAGUUGUAGCAGCAUAUGACUUGUUGUCUAUAUCUGUACCACUAAAAUCAUAGCAGUUAAUUUAAAGCUGUAUGUGAUUACAGUGUGGUAUAUGACUAUCAAACAGUGUAAACAAUGAAAUAUGAUAAGUUAUGAUGUACCUCACUUACUUUCAGAUCAAGUGAUUUGAUAAGGAGUAGAUGUUUAUAACAUGUGGUAACAAAUAAAAGAAUACUUUUCUCAAAUGCUUAAAAAUCUUAGUAAGUCUAUAAUAAUACUUAAGCAACAACCAACUUUAUUGAUGACAAGCUGGUGCCACAAACCAUGUUGAGAAUUAAAAAAAAUGAGGUU